AUGUUCAAAUUCGUCUCUUCCAUCGGUGACGCCGCGUACAAGGCGGCAUCCAAGACCGGCCUCGCCGCCGGCUCUGAGCAGCCUCCCUACCCGUGCGCCCUCCCUCUGCAGGUAAUCGAAGACUGCGAGGACACGGAAACCACGGAACGCGUCCUGAACGAUACGUACGUGGCUGUUCAAGACCUCCUGAGCGAUGACCUUCCGCUGCUGCACAGCGCCAUCUCAGACGUGAAGGCCCACAAGCCCUUCAAGCUGGUAGACUUCACCGAUCGCGAGGGCGACAUCCGUCUUUUUACUCGUCCCCACGUCGGCACCUAUAACUUUGCCCGUGUUACGCUCACGCUCGACAACGUGUCACCGGCAAAGGUGUUGGCCUUCAUGCACCCCCAAAGCCUGAAGGAGCGCAACCGCUACUCGAACAACCUUUGCCAGUAUGACGUCAUCGCCCGCAACCCCGAACUGCCCGCGCAGUACAUCGGCAAUGAUAACGACCACCUCGAGGAACUCUGUCGCAUGGGCAUCCGUGACUGGCAUGUGGAAUACAACCGGUACAGCGCUCCGCCACCUGUGGCGGCCCGAGAUUUCAUCAACCUUGUCGAGAAGCGCUAUGUUCCGGAGCAGCGGUGCUACUACAUCUACGGCACGAGCGUUGACUACCGCGAUACGGCCGGCAUCACCAUCGAGAAGGACAAUUGCGUGCGUGGCGCCGUCGUGUUCGGCUGGCGCCUUCAGCACGUCGGCAGCAAGACGCACUGCACGUACGUGUCCUGCAUGAGCCCGAAUGGCUGGGCGCCGACCUUCAUUGUGGGCUGGAUGAAGACCGCGAUCGCAAAGGAGCUUCAAAACGCGCGGCGACUGCUGUACCAGGAUGUGCCGUCCUCCCAUACCGCUGGCGCGUCCCCGGAGUACGCCAAGGGUGCCCUGGCGACACACAACGCGUCCAUCAUAUCUCGUCGGCACAAGCAGCCGAAUACAAAGAAUUUUCUGUCCAAGUCUUCCGCGCAGAAGCGCGGCGAUGCCAUGGAGCGCGAGGAGCGGCGACUGCUGGAGGACGAGAAACCCAUUGUGUUUGAGUGA